AUGGCGUCCCCGUGCGCCGGGAGUACAGCUGAUGAGUGGGCUGAGAAGAUGCCCAAAGUCCCACCGCCCAGCUCGCCCAAGGAAACGGCUGACAGAGACCUCCUGGCUCGUCUCCACAAAGCAGUGACUUCCCAUUACCGCGCCAUUGCCCAGGAGUUUGAGAACUUCGACACCACGAAAACAAGCACGGCCUCCAGAGAUGAGUUCAGGGCCGUCUGUAACCGCCACGUCCAAAUCCUGACAGACGAACAGUUCGACAGGCUCUGGAACGAGAUGCCGGUCAACGCCAAGGGCAGGCUGCGCUACCUGGACUUCCUGAGCAGGUUCAGCUCCGAGAGGGCGGCAACGCCACCAGCGGCUGGCGACUUGGCCGAGGCGCAGAGAGGGAGCAGUGUUCCCGAAGUCUCUGAGGGAGCCAGAUCUGCCAUCUCGUCACCCGCUCAGGACCUGAGAGCAGGGCUCCGGUCUCAGAGUCACCCCUGUACGCCAGCGCACAGCGCAGCGGGCACGCCGCCCUUGCAGAACUGCGAGCCCAUCGAGAGCAAGCUCCGGCGGCAGAUCCAGGGCUGCUGGAAAGAGCUGCUGAGGGAAUGCAAAGAAAGAGACGUCAACAAGCAGGGGGAGAUCACCGCGGCCGAGUUCCUGGCUCUCGUGGAGAAAUUCAACCUGGACAUAAGCAAAGAGGAGCGUCAGCAGCUCCUUAUAAAGUACGACUUGAAGAACAAGGGGAAAUUUGCCUACUGUGACUUCAUUCAGAGCUGCGUCCUCCUGUUAAAAGCAAAGGAAACCUCACUGCUGCAGAGGAUGAAAAUCCAGAACGCACACAAAAUGAAAGAAGUUGGUGCCGAGACUUCGUCCUUUUACUCUGCUUUGCUGCGCAUUCAGCCCAAAAUCGUGCACUGCUGGCGGCCGAUGCGGCGCACGUUCAAAAGCUACGAUGAGGCUGGAACGGGGCUUUUAAGCGUGGCCGAUUUCAGGAAGGUCCUGAGACAGUACAGCAUCAACCUGUCGGAGGAGGAGUUCUUCCAUAUUCUGGAGUAUUACGACAAGACGCUGUCCUCGAAAGUCUCCUACAACGACUUCCUCCGGGCGUUCCUGCAGUAG